AUGUUCCUUAUCAAUCUAUCUAAACAUGUUCAUUAUCUAUCUAUCUAUCUAUCUAUCUAUCUAUCUAUCUAUCUAAACAUUUAUUUAAAUUUGUUUCAUGUCAUCCAAUCUCACUUUCUUCGAAACAGAGAAUACUUUAUUAGUCCCUCUGUUCCAAAGAAAGGAAAAUCCUGUGAAGAAAGCAGCAGACUUCGCCAGAGAUCUAUCUAUCUUAUUGUGUUCAAAUCUAUCUAUCUAUCUUAUUGUGUUCAAAUCUAUCUAUCUAUCUAUCUAUUGUGUUCAGAAUUAUCUAUCUUAUUGUGUUCAGAUCUAUCUAUCUUAUUUUGUUCAGAUCUAUCUUAUUGUGCUCAGAUCUAUCUAUCUAUCUUAAUUUGUUCAGAUCUAUCUUAUUGUGUUCAGAUCUAUCUAUCUAUCUUAAUUUGUUCAGAUCUAUCUUAUUGUGUUCAGAUCUAUCUAUCUAUCUUAAUUUGUUCAGAUCUAUCUUAUUGUGUUCAGAUCUAUCUAUCUAUCUUAAUUUGUUCAGAUCUAUCUUAUUGUGUUCAGAUCUAUCUAUCUGUAAGUGCAUGUACACAUACAGUUAAUUGCGACUUACAAGCAUAUGUGAAAACAGCCUUUUUGCACAGAAAGCUGGAAGUUCGCUUACUUAUAUUUGAUGACGUUUUCAAGCAGAGUAAUGUCGACAAAUUUGAGAAAGAAUCUGUGUUCAUUAUCAAUCUAUCUAGCUCUGUUCAUUAUCUAUCUAUCUAUCUAUCUAUCUAUGUUCAUUAUCUGCCUAUCUAUAUAUUUCUGUUCAUUAUCUAUCUAUGUUCAUUAUCUAUCUAUCUACCUGUAUCUGUUCAUUAUCUAUCUAUCUACCUGUAUCUGUUCAUUAUCUAUCUAUCUAUAUCUGUUCAUUAUCUAUCUCUGUCCAUUAUCUAUCUAUAUAUCUAUCUCUGUUCAUUAUCUAUCUAUCUAUCUCUGUUCAUUAUCUAUCUAUCUUCAUUACCUAUCUAUACAUGUUCAUUAUCUAUCUAUUUAUCAAUCACAGCUUAA